AUGACCGAGGAGGCUCCUGCCGUCUCUGCUCCGGCGGCCGCCCCCGCGGCGAGCAAGGCGCCGGCCAAGAAAGCCAAGAAGGCGGCGAGCGCCGCCAAGCCCCGCAAGAAGGCGUCCGGGCCCAGCGUGACGGAGCUGCUGGUGCAGGCGGUGUCGGCCUCCAAGGAGCGCAGCGGGGUGUCGCUGGCCGCCCUCAAGAAGGCGCUGGCGGCCGGCGGCUACGACGUGGAGAAGAACAACAGCCGCAUCAAGCUGGGCCUGAAGAGCCUGGUCAGCAAGGGCACCCUGUUGCAGACCAAAGGCACGGGCGCCUCGGGCUCCUUCAAGCUCAACAAGAAGCCGGCGGCCGAGCCCAAGGCCAAGAGCAAGAGGCCUCCCCCGGCGCCCAAGAGCAAGAAGCCCGCGGCCAAGAAGCCGAAGAAGCCCGCGGCCUCCGCGAGCGUCAAGAAAGCCGUCAAGAAGCCGGCGGCGUCCGCGGCCAAGAGAGCCGCCAAGAGCCCCGCCAAGGCCAAGGCGGCCAAGCCCAAGAGAGCGGCCAAGAGCCCGGCCAAGAAGGCGGUCAAGGCGAAGGCCAAGCCCAAGACCCCCAAAGCCAAGACGGCCAAGCCCAAGAAGGCGGCGCCCAAGAAGAAGUGA